AUGCUUUACGUUUUGUCUUUCAGGAGCAUAAUGAAUUUGAGCGAUAGCGUACGUCUGAAGGGGUGCACUUUGAAGGGUCGAAGCUUGGAGACGUCGUCUGGAUGUUCAGCUUUGGACACGUUGUUCGGUGGAGGAGUUCCGGUGUCGGCGUUCUGUGUCGUGGAUGAAUUGAAUUCGCGGGCUUACUUCGGAAAUAUAGUCAAGUAUUUCCUGGCAGAAGGACUGUAUUCAGGUCACGAUGUUCUAAUUGUGGAUCCAGUAGAUGGAGAUCGACUUUGGAAGGAAAUUCCGGCGAGAAUAGUGACACAACCGAACACAAGUUCUUCUGACAUCCGAGCUAUGACAUAUCAUCAUGAUGACUUAAGUAUAGCGUUUCGAUAUGCAGCAAAGCCAAAAGUGAAUUCGUUGAUUGGUGAAGGAAAUCGCUAUGAUCUUUCGAAAUCACUUGACGACGUCGACUCUUUCUGCUCGCAGCGAGUUCACUUCGACGGACCAUAUUGUUACGACUCGCUUUACCAAUACAUAGUAAGGCUGUGCAGGAAUGAUCGCUACAAUAGAGAGCGUGGUCUUACGAAAAACCUCCUACGAAUCGUCAUCAACCAUCUUGGUUCUCCAGUAUGGAAAGAUUCCGAGAAAUUCUCGCCAUUUCUCGUUCGUAUUCAUUCACUUCUUAGGAAAGCUCAUGUCGUUUUAUUGGCAAGCGUUUCUAGUGAUACGAUGUUCAAAAAGCAUGCUGAUGAGCUGUUCGCGACCGCUGAUCUUUACUUUCAGUUGGUAGCUGUUUCUGACGAAGAAGAAAAGAAGCUGUCGUGUGUUGAACGAUGUCAUGGAUUCUUACGAAUCCUACGAUUGCCGAGACUGACGUCACUGGGCACACACAAUCCACCCGUUGAUUUAACUUUCACACAAAAACGAAGUUCCUUAGAGAUAUCGAUCAUGCAUUUACCUCCAGCCCUCGGUGAUGAAGAUCGGAUCGCAAAAACACCUUGUGCUGUUGAUUUUUGA